AUGCCACUUGUGGAAUAUCGCAUGUGCAUCCGUGUACUUGGAAACUAUUCGGCUAUUGCGACUUAUGGAUUGCGCAAAAUCGCUACUAAGGGUGAGGAGUCCUACGGGAAAGACACGAAGGAAUUUGUGGAGAGGGAUUUCUAUGUAGACGAUGGUAUCACACCCCUAACCAUGUAUGAAGGAGAAGUGGACUUACUCCAGAGAACUCGUCAAUCUUUGAAGACUGGCGGUAACCUUCGACUCCGUAAGAUAGCUUCAAAUUCUGUUGAUGCCAUGGAUGCCUUCCCUGCAACAGAGCUAGGUAAAGACCUUCGAGGCUUAGAUUUAGGAUCAGAUCAUUUACCCAUGCAACGAAGCCUGGGACUGUUGUGGGAGAACUCGGAUAACUUCACCUUCAAGGCAUCCUCUAGUGAUAAAUCGUAUACGAGGAGAGGAAUUCUGUCGUCAGUGAAUAGUUUAUAUGAUCCUCUUGGGUUUGUCGCGCCAGUCUCUCUUCAAGGAAAGUAG